UUGGAAAUGUACUUGUAUUGGAUAUUGAGCAAAAUAAAAUAUAGUUAAAAUAAAAAUAAACUAUUUAAUUGAUAGUUUCGAAAAUGAACGUCAUACUUACGAGUUUGGAGGCUCUAGUCUUAAAAGCAACACAUGAAUCGCUGCCAUAUCCUGAUGCGGCAGCUAUGGAAGCGUUCUGCGCCGUCAUGCGUGACUCUCCAGAUGGUCCCCAGCUUGCAGCGCAGGCACUAGCGGCUCGCAUACAUUCUUUGAAUGCGACAGAGGCACUUCUAGCUCUAGUCAUGUUAGACCGAUGUAUGCGCCGCUGUGAUGCUAAUUUCCAUGCUGAAGUUGGCAAAUUUCGAUUUCUUAACGAGAUGAUUAAGCUAGUAUCGCCUAAAUACUUUGCCGAUAGGACCUCUCCAGAUGUUCGCAAAAGGGUUCUACAACUGUUACAUGCCUGGUCUAUAGAGUACCCAAAGGAAACCAAGUUCAAAGUUGCCUACGAUAUGCUUAAAAAUCAAGGUGUUAUCAAAGAAACACCACCACCAUUACCUCCUGAGGAUAACGGGCUGAGUGCUCCACCCAAAGCUAAAGUGGCUAUAUAUGAAGAUGAAGAACGAUCUAAAUUGUUACAAAAAUUACUUCAGAGCAAAAAACCAGAGGAUCUCCAACAUGCAAAUAGAUUGAUUAAAACAAUGGUGCGAGAAGAGGAAAGGCGCACUGAAGCAAACAGCCGACGGGCCCAAGAGGUAAGCGCUGCAUUAGACAGCGCGGGCUUACUGCGAGACAUGCUGGAACAUGCUCAAGAUGCCUCGGCGGAUGAAGAGCAACUGAUUCACGAGCUGCUCUCCAAUUGUGCUAGACAGCGUCCCAUUUUGCAGCGGCUGGCUUCCAGUGACACGCAGACUGAGAACUUGAGUGACAUAUUACACGCAAACGACGUAAUAGAAGACGUGUUCGAAAAAUACAACAUGUAUAUUUUAGAAAAGAGGUUCAAAUCCAAGCAAUCGAACGCGCGGAGUUCGAAUAGUUUGUUAGAUUUUGCUGGAUCCAACGUACAUACGAACGAGGAAGAAAAGCCAAAGAAUGGAGCAAGUCGCGCCAUGGACGAUUUGGGAGAUAUAUUUUGUAACAACAGCAGUACCAGUAAUAUUGCUGAACUACUGAAGCCUGUAAAUUUAAUGUCAACUGACGACGCAGAACCGCUGGGAGAAAAGGAAAAGAAAGUCGAGGGUUGGAAUGAAUUGGAUUCACUCGGCGAGAAACUAUUGAAAGAAUCACUUCCUGAUAACGUGCGACGCGUCGAUCACUUUAAUAAUAAGCACACGAAGAAAAUCCCGAUGAACGCAUUAGAAAAGUCCUCACCAAAACAUGACGCACAAGUCACAUGCAGCACUGCGUUGCUGGAUCUGGAUUUCUUCACUGCGAAGCCCGAAGAAAAGCUAUCUCCACCAGCACAUUCCUCGAAGACGAUUACCCCGAACGACGACGUCAUGGUGGACAUAAGCUCAGAUGACAAAACCACAACUAAUACUUUAAAUGAUAAGUUUAACUUAAAACCGGACAGUCCUUUGGACAAUAUAUUAGAUAUAGGACUACCUUUAGAAGAAAAUGCCAAAACUGUGACGCUUGUAGAUAAUAAGGCCGGCAGGAAUCAAGAGGAGGAAUAUUCACCGAGAGUCCCUUGUAGACCAUUGUACGAUAUAAAUGUGACGUUCCAGAAUGUUCAUCCCAGCAAGGUCCCCCCAUUGACAGCGUACGAGGGGAAUGAGGGCAUGACAGUGGUGCUCCACUUUUGUAAAGACAAACCCCGUCCGGACGUGACCGUUAUAGUUGUUUCCACGACAAGCAAAAACAGCUGCAAGAUCGAGGACUACAAGUUUCUUGCGUCGGUUCCACAGGAUUACAAAGUCCGAAUGUUAACCCCAUCGGGCACCACGUUCCCGCCGUACAACCCGUUCCUGCCGCCACCCGCCAUCACACAACUGAUGCUGGUGGCAGCGCCCGAAGAUGCACCACCACCGCACCUCAAGUUCGUAAUCACGUACACCUGCGGGAACGACCUCAUGACUGAACUCGGGCAGGUGCCCAAUUUGCCGCUUGAAAACAUUUAGAGAGAGUGAAAUUAUUUAAUAUUUAUAUUUUAUAAGAACGGUCGCAAAUAACAAAGAGGUUGUAAUAUUUUAGUAUGUAGCCGGGCUCAGGUAUAUUAUAUACUAAGCGCAAUUUUUUUUUUCUGAUAAAUUCGGUCACGCUUAAAACCUGUAUUAACCGCUUACAUUACGAAUAAGAAUUAUCUAUCUAUCUAUCUUGUAAUGAGGCCCAGCUUCAGCGGAUGCACUUCGACCCUUGCGAGGUCCUUGUAUCCCCCUCACCCUAAAUAGCUUCAAAAAUCCACUCUAAGAGUUUGACUGAAGCUUUUAGGUUGGAGGCACAGUAAUCCUCUGGUUUUGGAUAGGCCACUCCCAAGAGGUCCAACCGCUUCCUAGCCAAUCCGUCGCAUUCACGAAGCAAAUGUUCCAUGGAACGAAUAAGAAUUAGAUAAGACCAGAGCGCUAUCGGAGUAUUAUUAAUAAACGCCUUACUUGUUCUGCAUUUAGUUCUCAGUAAAAGUGAAAUAAAACAUUCCAUUCAGUGAGAAUAGAGAUUUUCGCAAAUAAGGCUUAGUUACUAUUUGCGGUCCAUUGGACUGCAUGUGAUAGGUCAUAUUAUGGUGUCACCUGGAGGAAGGAGGUCGCACACUUUAAGUACAAUAUUCUCGAGUACUUUCAGUACUCAGUUUUUAUAAUAAUUAUGACACCGUUGUAUUUAAGAAAGCUCCAGAACGUAGAAUGUUUGAUUGGCUGAUGGUCUUAGUAAAAAAUACGAUGAUUUAUAAAUAGGUCCGACUUCCGUACAGAUUAAAAUUCGCCUUAUUUUGCCUAUCGGCCUUAUUUUGUCUUAUUGGCGGCCGUUCUAAAAGUAUAGCAGUUACUUGUUUUCCGCGUCCUAAAGCCUAGGAAAAAAAGAAGUACAUUUCGAUUGGUAUUUGUACUUGAAAGUGUCACGUGCAUGCGUUAAGACUUUCUUUUUAAUGUUAUGUAAAUUGGUCUGUGGUUUAAAGAAGUUAAAAUUAGGUGUAUUCACUUAAUUUUACCUAAAAUAUGAUCUCGUCAUACAAACCGUAACCAAAGGAAAUGAAAGCUCUUCCGUUUGGAUAUUUCAAAGCUGGACGUGCAAAAAUAUUUUUAGCUUAAAAGUUAUUCAAAUAAACGAUCUGACGAUUUAGUUUAGUGAAUAGAGUACCAUGGAAGUCAUUGCAUCAUUACCAUCGAAUAUUCUGAUUUUUUAAAUUUAAAAACUGCGGAUAGCGAGUAUACUGAUCCAAUAUAUAUAGCGUAAAUCAAACAUUUUAAUCGCAGAUGUGCCCAGACCCAACCAACUAGCUAUUGGGUAAUAAUUAUUAAGUAAAAUAAUGAUAGUCAUCUCUAAAUAAUAAACCAAAUAUACCUGUAUAAUAUUAAUAAAAAAACAUUUAUUUUCCAAAUAUACCAUUGGCUAUCAAAAUCAAAUAACAAUGAUUUUUAACCGCUGACAUUACGAAAAAGUAUUAGAUAAGACCAGAAGCGUCAGGUUUCAGAAAUGUAAGCGAUCUUAUAAACGCCUUACACGCUCUGCAAGUACACGUUGCUGUAAAUAAAAGUGAGACAAAACAUUCAGCGUGAGAAUAUAGAUCGUCGCAAAUAAGGCUUAGUUACGCUUUGCGGUCCUGCUGCUGUCAUAUGCGUAAAGAAUAUUAAUUCAGUUCUCAGCCGCUCGAAAAAACAACGAGUUUGUGCGGUGCGGUCAAAAUGGUAGUUACGUUAUGUAACAGCUAAAUCAGUUUUAGUGCUUUUGUUAUAUAUUUUUAGGAAUCCACAUAAAUCGAAAUCCAGUUCCUUAUCUAACUGUUCGCAAAUGUCGAUUAAAUUGGAUGAUCGUAUAUGUACUGUUUAUAUCUAAGUUUCUAUGGGAACGGGGAUUAUUAUCAGACAGAACUAUUUAAAAAUAAACUAUUUAAUUGAUUAAUCAUUUAUUAAUCUUUAACAUACUCGAAAAUAAUAAGAUCUGUCCAACGGUUUCCUAUUCAUAAUGGGAUCGUUUUAAACCUAAAACUAAAUAUAUUAUACCGAUCGACAUGUCAGGGCAAUUUCUUUGAUUGAAAUCUUUGGCGCAUAUGCUUUUUAAUAUCGAUGUAAUUAAUAAUAAUACUAGUAAGUAUAUAUGUCGGUGAAAUUUCUACGGGUGAACCAAAAGUAAAUAAAUCUAAUCAUUGAACAUUUUUGUUAAGUUUUGGUUUUCCCGAAUAGUCACCAACCUAUGUGAAUGUUAACUAUUGCAUUUAUUCGUAAGAUUCUAGUCUGAAAACAGGUCUAAACAUUCCUGUAUUUACUUU